AUGGCAGCACUGACUGUCAGUGAAUUAUAUUUAGCCUGCCGCAAUGGCGAUAAAGCAACAGUCGAACGUUUAUUAUCCCGAACUCCUUUGAGAACUCUCAAUUGUCUGGAACCAAAUGGAAGUACAUGUCUUCAUGCUGCUUCAUAUCAUGGACACAAAGAAAUUGUUGAAAUACUUUUACGACACGGUGCUUCCCGACGAAUGAUUAAUCGAUACGGUUGUACGCCGUUGGAUGAAGCGAAAACAGAAGAGAUCGCCCGACUUUUUCCAAGAUCGACUGAAGCAGCAAAACAACGGUUUUGUAAUAAUCCGGCUCAGCAAUUAGAAUGGCAAUUUGAGAACGAUUCAGCAGAAUCCUAUUCACGCGCGACUCAUUGGGAUUGUGUCAAAGAUCGUGGAAUCAAGAAAACGAUAAAAAAACUUCGAAAAGCUCAGGCUAUAUUUGAUGAUGGAAGCGGAUCAAGUGCACUUGUGGCCGAUUUUUUUCAAGCAGCUUUAGAUACCAAUGAUCCAAUUUAUUUACUUCGAGCGUAUACAGCUGAAAGUCCGUUUUAUAUCGAAUUAAAUCGAGAAAUGGCACGUGGAAAUCAAAAGGAAGUUUUUCGAAAAUUAUGUAAAAAAUGGACGGGAUUUUAUACAGGUUUAAUCGUGAAAAAUCCCGCUUUCGAACCCUAUCGAUUUAGCGGAGAAACGUACCGAGGAAUGCAAAUCACACCGGUAGAUUUACAACAAUAUAAAAUCGGUAUUGCUCUUGCAAAUAAAUCAUUUCAAUCUACAUCAAAAUCUUGGAAAGUCGCCAAAGGUUUUGCCUGUCCGUCGCAACCGAAACCUGGAACAAUUCCAGUGAUUCUUUUUUUUACAAUUAAAGAUCGACGAUCAGCAUUGAAUAUCGAUCAAAUAUCUGAAUAUCAAGGUGAAGAAGAAGUUCUUAUCAUUCCAGGAACUUUAUUCAUUAUCAGUGAUAUUGAUAAAGAAAGUCGACCAUAUGAGAUUCAUUUAGAACAACUUCAAUGGGCGGAUGAAUUUUAA